AGUGCGGGAGCUUCCUUGUUUCUAGAAACCGGUAGUGAUUGGAUAUGAAUGUGUGUCCACAGCGACUCACAAUCAUCCUUUAAUCAGGAUUAAUGAAUUCUGCCUCAACUGCCGCCAACAUAGGUCUGGAAAAAAAAUCGCUGUCGUGAACGGAAGAGUUCACGCGUGACAAAUCACCGAGGAAUCCCCCCUCGUGGGCAUUCCGAGAGCCUCUUCACAGGAGGGUGAAAAGAACAUGAAGAGAAGCGAUCGGCCUUCCUAUUCCUCCAGGGCCAGACGCUACAGAUAGAACCAACUCCUUUAAAUAAUCCUGAGUUUUCUUCAACACAGGUAAAUCUUGGAUGUCCCUGUCACCGGGAACUGUAACAGUUCACAAGAAAAUCCACAAAUAAUACGAGAGGACCUGCUGAGCUCCUUGGGAUCCAAAAUGCACAGGACUACCAGGAUAAAAAUCACAGAGCUCAACCCUCACUUGAUGUGUGCCUUGUGUGGAGGCUACUUCAUAGAUGCCACGACUAUUGUGGAAUGCUUACAUUCUUUCUGCAAAACCUGUAUCGUCCGUUACCUGGAGACCAACAAAUACUGCCCAAUGUGUGAUGUCCAAGUGCAUAAAACGAGGCCGCUUCUCAGUAUUAGAUCAGAUAAAACUCUACAAGACAUUGUGUACAAGUUGGUGCCGGGUCUCUUUAAAGAUGAAAUGAAGAGGCGGCGUGAUUUCUACGCAGCAUACCCUCUGGCAGAUGUUCCCAAUGGAUCCAAUGAAGACCGAGGAGAGGUUUCAGAACAAGAGAAAGGGAAUCUGACAGAUGAUGAAAUUGUCAGCUUAUCCAUAGAGUUCUAUGAAGGAAUCAGAGAUGAAAACAAAGGGACCAUAGAAAAUGGAAACCUCGAGAAGGACAAGAAGAACAGUAUGAGAUUCCUCCGUUGUCCGGCUGCCAUGACGAUCAUGCACCUGGCCAAGUUCCUCCGCAACAAGAUGGAUGUUCCCAGCAAAUACAAAGUGGAAGUUCUCUAUGAAGAUGAACCUCUGAAGGAAUAUUACACGCUCAUGGACAUAACUUACAUAUAUCCUUGGCGAAGGAACGGUCCCCUUCCCUUGAAGUACCGGGUCCAGCCAGCCUGCAAGAGACUAAAACUCUCGUCCCAGCCACCCAACUCAGAAUGCACCAACACUAGCGGUGCCUCGGAGUGUGAAUCGGUCAGCGACAAGGCCAACAGUCCUGCCACCCUACCAGCCACCACCUCCUCCUCCUUGCCGAGUCCUGCCACACCUUCCCACGGCUCCCCGAGCUCCAACACCACAACUGUGAGCAUUCCCGCCAACCCCACUUCUGGCGCCAUGCUCAAUGGCACCUCGAACUGCCACCCCAUGCAACCCUUGGCCAGCAGGGGGCGCAAAACCAUGGUAAAUGGCGGUCCAGCGAUGUCGGCUUUGACUUAAAAGGAAGGAAUGGCCCUUUUCUUUCUUUUUUUUCUUUUGAGUUUUAUAAAUAAGUAUAUUAUGUGUAGAUAAGGGCAAUGGUGGGUGUGGGUGGGGGAAAUUAUACAUACGUAUUUUCUAUCAAGUGAUUUGAUUUAAUUUAAGAGAAAAAAAUGCAAAAAGAAACAAAAAAUCCAGUGCGUCCUCCCCCUUUUUUUAAUUUUCAAAAGCAAAAAUGUGCUUAUGUAACUGCAUGAUGGCAUCUGUGUAAAAUUGCAGCCCUUUCUUGUUGAUAAUAAUAAUUAUAAUAAUAAUACUUUGUCGGUGCCCUUGGUUUAUAGCGCAACUGAAUGCACAGCCUCAGAGCGAAAGAGAAACGCACAGUCCCAAUAGACCAGGUUUUAUUUCCUAGAAGCACAUGUGGGUUUUCUUGUGCUCUUCCCGAGCUCUUACAGUAGCCCCACCUCGAGCACGCUUCCCCCAUGCCACUGAACACUGCCCUUUGGGGCCCUUGGUCCCAUAUUCUUACAGCUACCUCUCAUGGCCUUUUGCUUCAAGCUCCAAAAGGGCCAGGAUACAGUUCUAAAGCCAGGACGGAGGUCUAGGUAUCCACGUGCAUUGAAAGGGGCAAUGUUGUGCCCCUUGUUUGUUAUUUAAAGCAGGCACAGGCCAAGCCCAGCUUUCCAGAUGUUAUUAGGCUGCAGCUCCUCUCAGCCUCUGGUGAGGAAUGCUGGGAGUUUCAGCCAACAACAUCUAGUAGAACAUGGCCCACCUCUGAUAUAAAGGCAGAGAAACCCUAUAAGUAUGCACUGGGAAUGUGCCAUGAGAAAACAUGGCAUUGAGAAUGGAGCAGCAGCAGACAUAUUUAGCAGCAGGGAAAAGGUGUGGGAGAGGCUCACAAAUCCUGAAGGUAGGUGGUUUGAAUGUUUGCUAGGUGUCAUUGAUUGAGCAAUCAGGGCCUUCUAAAACACUACAUUAAACUUUCCCUAAUCGGACUCUGUCCAGACCUUUUGAACCUCAACUCCCGUGAUCCCUCAGUAUUGGCCAUUUUAGUUGGGCUACAAACAUCUGGAAGGGGCCAAGGUUGGGGAAGGAUGCAUCAGCCAAAAAUCUGGGAAUGUUGUUUUUUCAGGUUCCUAAACUAAGGGUGUGCUUUAUGGAAUUUUUGGACAAUAAAUCCCAUAAUUUUCCAUUUUGGGAGUCCUACUUGACAGACCGACAUCUAAAUGUGUCUCACCUGGGAGAAAGGCAGAAGCUUCAUGGCUUUGUGGCCUAGCUAGGCUUAGCUCUGCCCAAGCUUCCUGGUGAGAAAAGAAACUCACCGCUACCCUACGGCAGCUUCCUUUCUGAUCAGGAAGCUUGGGUGAAGCUAGGGCGCAAAGCCUUCAUGUUGCGGCCUUUCUCCCAGGUGAGACACAUGUAGGUGUCUGCCUGCCAGAUGGAAAUCCCCCAAAAAAUAGAAUUAUGGGGUUGAUAAUCAGAAGAUCCCAAAUGGCAUAUCCCGAUCCAGAACCGCAUCCUGCUAGAUUGCAGAAUUUAGGAAGUUUGCAAUCCUAAAAAGCAAUUUUCCUGAACUCUGCCUGCAGUAUGCCUUGUCCCAAAUCCCACAGCUAAGGCUGCUAAUGUGGCACCCUGAGCAGUGCGUGCUGGGGUAGAUCUGUCCUUCUAAGGAAUGUUAUCAUGUCAGUAUUAAUAGCAACUGCUUAUUCCUUCUGGGUCUCUGACCACAAGUGUGGGGUGCUGUCCUAGCCUCCCCAGUGUCUCAGUUCUUUUGUCGGUGAAAGAGCAAUUCAGUCUGCCAUGCCCCCCAAAGCGCAAUGCAUCCAUCUGUUGGGGGAUGGCAACACUGACUGAUAUCGUGUCACCAAACCCUGUAAGUGCAGCAAGGUGCACAUGUAUAGAGACCAUAGCACUUUGUGCUAAGUUCUUCCGUGUUGAAGCAACAUGUCUUGGAGUCUCACAUUUAUUUAUUUUCCCCUUUCACUUGUGCACAAUAUGUCUCUGCCUAUCUGUUGCUUGGGCUCCUCUUCCGAUGAGUUUUUAACCACUUCAGUUGUUCUGCUUUCCAGUAAAUGGAACUGGGAAACGUGGAGACUUCUUUCUUAGAAACCUUUUGGCUGUUUACUGACCAACAGCUAGAACUCUUCCAUGUUCAGAGGCAGUAUAUCAACUACUGGAGGUAAACUGGAGAUGAGUCACUUUUCAUGUCCAGGUAUCCUCAAAACUGGGGAAAAGGGACCACUUUUUGGACUACGUUUCCAAGAAUCCUCCACAGUGACUGGAAGGUUAUGGAAUUUGUACUCCAAGAAGAUUUAACUUUUGCAAGCUCGUGUCUUACGUUGCUCUUCUAAAGAAACCUAGCAGUCUGUCAAAGGAAGACUGCUGGGAUUUUUAAGAGCAUCUUAAAUCCUUAUGUUGUAUUGACAGGGAGACUAGCCAGGUAAAAGUGUUUUAAAUUUGUAGAGUUAGGCCUGUACCUGAGAGGAAUUGUAAUCUGUAAAUGCAGGAAUCUAUUAAUCCUGACCAUGGCAGUUUCCACCAUCUUGGAGAAUGGUGAAAAAGUAUCUCCUUUGAGUUCAUGGCACCUGCAGGAGCCAUAAUCCAUGGAUGUCCAGCUCUUGUGAUUAUAGUUCUGUAGGCAUGAAUGCAGUGAUGGCCACAGUCAGCUCACCCCCCACACACACACA